AUGCUCUCUACAACCGAGUUGUUGGUUUCUCGACCCCCCAUCACUCUAUCGUACUCUGUACCACCAAGUCGGUCUUGCUUCUCAUUCAAAUCACCCAAUUCCUCCAUUUGUAUGGACACUUCCACCAGGAUACUACCUUCGCCAAGCCUAUCCUUGAACUGCCUCAGCUCAGAACUUAUCGCCCUCAUUUUCGAACAGCUUCGGGAUCUAGAUUCGCAUGCCCUCACGUCUGUGCGUCUAGUUUCAAAGCGGCUCGACGCCAUCGCUGCACCUAUCGCAUACCGAUUUCUGACCCUGAAUGAGGCUCUUGUCGCACCAGAUGCUGAGAGAAGACAUCCUGAUGUAUUCCGCCAUAUCUCCAAUCUCACGAACCAUGUCAUAAUACCGAGCAAUUUGAACUCCACCGGUAUCAACAGCUUAUUAUCCUGCAUCAAGCGAUUGAAGUCUGUCCGAUGGCGAUAUGUGGAUGGCGACGUCCCUGUCACAGGACUAUGGCUGCCUUCAUGUCUUCGCCGUUUACACAACUGUGAUCCGAAUAGUACGCAGCUACAUAUCGAAAAUCUUCCUCUACGACGAGAAUACGAGAACAAUUUGUUGGAAACAUUCAUUCGAUCAAUUCCUGCCGAGCUAUUGACAUCAUUGAAGCUUGCCAACUCAACCCCGGUCCUGUCAACUCGGCUGAACUCGCUGAAGCAACUCGUGGUUCAAGCUCGGCAACUCGCCACAUUGUGCUACGAAGAUCGUGGCCAAGGCACAUGCUUCAACUUCUCUCCCGGAGAAAAAUUAUCACCAAUCAACAACUUAUUGUUACGAUCGUAUGACUGGCAGCACACAGCUGAGGACGUCGCAGAACAUUGGGACUUCUCUGGGAUACAAUCCCUUGAAUUGAUCUCGGUGCCUAUUUUCAAUUUUCUAAAGUCAGUAUGCCUCCAAGACUUUUCUGGGCUUCAUACUCUGCAUGCGGAGGAUUACAGCGCCCAUUUAUCGGAUAAGAGAGAAGACGCCACCGUUGCUUUGAACGUGUUGAUAAAGGACCACAUCAAAGCACUUGAGGUGUUAAAUAUUACUUGCCAUACCCAAUUGUUUCAGCUGGAUGCCAUCGCAGCACACCGGAAUUCGUUACAAGUUUUGCGAUUCAGAGAUCAUGUCGGGUUUUCUGAAGACGAUCAAAGAUGUCCAACACUCCCUCCAAGUGGUCUGGCUGGUCUUGGUCAGCAGCUGAAGUUCGUUCACACACUCGAGCUCGACCUGGACACACGGCUAUGCGACCCCUUCACCUUUCUCCGAGCUGUGUGUGCCUUUCCAGCAGUGCACACGCUCACACUACAUGUUCAGACCAUGAUUCAACCUUUGGACGAGGUGGCUCCAGGAAUUGAUCGGGAUUACGAGGCGGCGAUGAAAACAUUCCAGCUCCUCGUACAAGAAAAGCAACGAUUAGGUGUUUGUACUCCCUGGAAGCACAUUGCCGUCAAUGUGGGGGGUUGGAAGCGAGUGAUGAUCCGCAGGCUGGGCGGUAUAUGGCGACGAAGAAAUAACAUGGGUAUAUACGCUGAGAGGUGCUUUGUCCUCGAGCGAGAUACACAGAGUGGAAGAAUAGCGGUUCAUGAGGAGGUUUGUGCUGAGCCCACGAGUCAUGGAGGGAGCCCAAGCCCCUGA